AUGAGCGCCAAAGCAACCACCAACCAACCACUCAAAACAAAGAAGCCUUCUUCAUCGGGAUUGAGUUCCAACAUCACGAAUGAUAGUAGUAGGAGAAAUACAAGAGCCACUCCGAUCAAAAACUCUUCAACCCCACCCUUAUCAAAACCAGCAAGUGCUGGAAAACAGCAAGUAACGAAUCGCCAAAAAGAGAGUAAUAGCGAGGAAAUGAACGAAAAAAACGAAGUAUCAACAACAGAGUUUUAUUCAUUAGAAAAUAUGGAACGAGAUGUAAAGAGAGGAAUGACAGGGGUUAACGAAUCAACCGCUGUAAAACCAACAAGGAUUAGUACCAAACUUGUUGCUGAACGAUGUCUCAGCUCAAUUCCGAACGAUGAAGAAGAAUUAUGUAAUAUAAUGAAAAUUGAAAAUUUGGAUUUGUAUACUCACCUCACUCAUGUAUAUCUUCAGUGUAAUAAUAUUUCUGAACUAACAGACGAGUUUAGAUAUCUUCCUAACUUAAUUUUCUUGGCGCUAUUCGACAACAAAAUUAAGAAGAUAGGAGACGAGUUAGUGGAAAACAAAAAACUUCAAUAUUUGGAUUUAUCUAAUAAUUUAAUAGAGGAGUGCGAUCUUGAUAAACUCCCACAAAGCAUCACAAUUUUCAAUAUUGAGAACAACCCUCUAAAGCUUGAAGAAUGUUAUGUAAAAUCAUGUCUGACGAAUCUCUUUCAAUUCAACAAGAGAGAAUACAUUGAUGAAGAGUUUGUUCCUGAAGAGAAGCUUCCGUUUGAUAGGAGCACACUGAGCCAAAUGAGAUCAUCUCAGUCUGGAUUGGAUUUACUGAAAAGUGUUCCCAAAAAAGAUGUUAAAGAAGUGGAAGAAGGUAUUCCUUCAACAUCUACUUCGUUGGCUGAAAUAUCGAAGGCUAAUUCGGAAAUAGUUGAAAACUACAAACAAGCUUUAAUGGAAGAAAUGGAGCGUAUUAAAAAGGAAUUCAAAGAAAAGAAGGAAAAGUUAAUUGCUGAAAUUCAAGAAAGAAAAAGCAAAUUAAGAGAUGAAACAAAUGUGUCACACAGCAGCGACUCAUCUAGUGAGUCCAUUGAGGAAUAA